CCCUCCGCGCUUUCCGUCCUUCUGACAGCAGAGAGCAAAGUACAAACUACAGGCUGUUUGCAGCUGUGGAACCUCACAGAUAUUAAACUCCGGUGUUUUGUCGUCGUAAUGCAGAGAUUAAGAAUCAUUUCGGGCCACUUGUCCCCCCCCGGGUCCUCUGAACACAGACGGGACCCAUGGAGGACGGAGUGCGGGGCGGCGGGCAGCAGCAGCCCGGAGGACGUGGUGGUGGUUCACGGAAUGAGGACUGCUGUCGGGAAAGCGAAGAGAGGAGCGUUUAAAGACACAACACCUGACGAGCUGCUGAGUGCAGUGAUGACAGCUGUGCUCACAGAUGUUGGACUUUCCCCCGACAAGCUGGGAGACAUUUGUGUUGGUAACGUGCUGCAGCCCGGCGCCGGGGCGCUGAUGGCCAGAGUGGCUCACUUCCUCAGCGGGUUUCCAGACACGGUACCCGUCUACACCGUCAACAGACAGUGCUCCUCUGGACUGCAGGCUCUGUUUAACAUCGCAGGAGCCAUCAGGAGCAGAUCCUUUGACCUGGGCCUCGCAUGUGGCACGGAGAGCAUGUCUCUGCGUUCGAUCGGUGAUCCCGGAGAUUUGAGCUCCAGGCUGACGGACAACGACAAAGCCAGAGACUGCAUCAUCCCGAUGGGAAUCACCUCAGAGAACAUCGCAGAGAAGUUUGGGAUCUCCAGAGAGAAGCAGGACGCCUUCGCUCUCAGCUCUCAGCAGAAAGCGGCCCGGGCGCAGAGCUCCGGUGUGUUCGAGCAGGAGAUCGUUCCCGUCAUCACGAGGUUUGUGGACGACGAGGGUAAAGAGCGCGAGGUGACGGUCGCCAAGGACGACGGGAUCAGAGCGGGAACGACUCUGGCGGGUCUGAACAAACUGCGGCCGGCCUUCAAACCUGACGGCAGCACCACGGCAGGUAACUCCAGCCAGGUGAGUGACGGAGCAGCGGCCGUGCUGAUUGGUCGCAGGUCUGCCGUCGAGGCUCUGGGUCUGCCGGUGCUGGGGGUCCUGAGGGCCAGUGCCGUGGUGGGGGUCCCUCCGGAUCUCAUGGGUAUUGGACCAGCAUUCGCCAUCCCUGCAGCUCUGAAGCAGGCUGGACUAACUGUGGACGACAUCGACGUGUUUGAAAUCAACGAGGCCUUUGCCAGUCAGGCGCUGUACUGUGUGGAGACGCUGGGGAUCCCGCUGGAGAAGGUGAACCCUAACGGAGGAGCCAUCGCUCUGGGUCACCCUCUGGGCUGCACCGGCGCCCGACAGGUGGUGACGCUGCUGAACGAGCUCCGACGCAGAGGCAGGAGAGCGUACGGCGUCGUGUCCAUGUGCAUCGGGACCGGGAUGGGAGCGGCCGCUGUCUUUGAAUACCCCGGAGCGUAGGAGCCUUUCACACAGGACGGGUGAUCUGCGCGUUACAAGACCUCGUGACGCUCAGCUGUCAGUCAGGAUGUUUAUACAGCAUGGCGUCCAGUUCUAACCGUAGUUAACACUUAACACGAGCUACUGAUGGUCCAGGGUUCAUAUUAAAGCUGAGUCAUCAGGAGACGUCAAUAAUGCAGCUGAUUUAUCCCCGACCACACCGUGUAUCUGCUUUAAUCAGUACGUGAUGUGUAAAGAAGUUUGAUUCAAGUGUUUGACAUCGUAAUAAUAAUAAUUAGAACAUUUUGAUAUCCUGACCCGUACGAGCGGAGUCAACACUCUGACUGGAUAAACUUUAAAUCACUUCUUGAUCCAAAUACUGGAAAAUAUUAACUUUAUACGCUGAAAUGAUUUGAAUGAGAAGAAGAAGUGUCGCUAUGGUGACGAGCCGAGAGCCAGAGCAGCCGACACGUCUUCAGUGGGACGGGUUCUGCUCGGUUCUGCUCGGUCGUCACUGUUUUAUGCAACAGAACUUUGUGAAACAUUUCUUCUGAGUGUAAAAAUAAAACACGUCACCAGGAUUCACUUCUUUA